GAUACGACCGGUAGAACUUUCUGGGUCAAAUUAGGAAAAACCCCGAACAACUUCUAAGUUCUAAUUCUUCGGCUGUUUCUCGAAGCUGCUUUCUUUUCAUUUUACAAGUUUUGUUUUGGGAUUCCCAUGUCUUCACCUUCUGAAUUUUAUAACUCUCUUCCACCUAUAAGCAAGGCUUAUGGGACUGCAUGCUUAUUGGCCACUACAGCAUUUCAGUUAGGACUAUAUGAUGUUUUUCACAUUGCGUUGAUAUAUAAAUACGUAUUCAAGUAUUUUCAGGUGUGGAGGCUAAUCACAAACUUCUUUUUCCUUGGAAAAUUUUCUAUCAAUUUUGGGAUACGCCUUUUAAUGAUAGCAAGAUAUGGAGUUCAACUAGAGAAGGGACCAUUUGAGAGGCGGACAGCUGAUUUCUUGUGGAUGAUGAUAUUUUGUGCGUUGUCAUUAUUGGUUUUGUCAGCAAUCCCAAUAUUCCAAACCGCUUUCUUAGGGAUAUCUCUUGUUUUCAUGCUUCUUUAUGUCUGGAGUAGAGAGUUUCCAAAUGCUCAAAUCAACAUAUAUGGCCUUGUGACACUUAAGGCAUUCUAUCUACCUUGGGCAAUGCUGGCUUUGGAUGUUAUUUUUGGUUCACCUCUCAUCCCAGAUCUGCUAGGAAUCAUUGCUGGACAUCUAUAUUACUUCUUGACAGUGUUGCAUCCUCUUGCAACGGGAAAGGUCAUACUGAAGACGCCUAUGUGGGUACACAAACUAGUUGCAAGGUGGAGAAUAGGAGCUCCAGCCCAGCCAAGCAGUCGAGCUGUUGCACAGCCUGAUAAUUCAACAGGUGUGGCUUUCAGGGGAAGAUCAUAUCGACUGAAUGGAUGAUUGCUAUACUUUCUGAUAUCACCUGAAAUACGCCAUUGAGAUUUACCUGUGAUCAUCUCAAGUCUCCACCAUCAACAACCUUGCCAUUUGUUUUGUUAUCUCUCUUUAAGAUGAUGCCACUAACAAAGAAGCAAAGUGCUUAAUUACAACCCAUAACAAUGGAAUUUUCCAAAUUGGUCCUGCGUAUUCAUGUCAUUUUCUUGGGCCAAUUGACUUGUGGAAAGAGGAAGUAUCUUGAACACAAUUAAGACCCCAUUUAUUUUAUGAGAAUUAAAGACUCCAUUUGCAUAUUAUUACUUCUGUUAUUUUUUGUCAAACCAGACUGUAAUAUGAAAAAAAUAUAUAUAGAUAUUGAGAUUUAAA